AUGUUCGAAAUACGCCAUGCUGGCGUCAAAGGCUUCGGCAUCUUUGCCUCUCGACUUAUAACGCGCGGCAGCCGGAUCUUGGCCGAGCGGGCUCUCCUCUCAAUCAACAACGACAACCCCAGCAUUCUUGCCGCUGCAGCGCAGCUGUCCCCCCUGAAUCGCGCAGCACUUCUGCGCCUGUCCCUUAAUGAGUCCAAACGCUCUGCUCUCGGCCUCAUUUCCGCAGCAUGGCAGUCUUUUUCUCUCAAAUCGAUGACGAUCGGCCAGAGUAGGGAUGUCCUCAACGUUUUCUACAACAACAACUUCGCUCUUUCAGACAAACUGGGUACACGAGCUGUAUUUCCCACUGUGGCACGCAUCAAUCACUCUUGUGUACCAAACUCCCAAGGAAACUUCAAUGAAAGUUUAGGAAGUUUCACUAUCCACGCGACAAACGAUAUUGCGCGGGGAGAGGAGGUGACCAUCUCGUAUCUGCACGACGAGCUAGGCUUGCGCGCAGCCCGCCAAAAGAACCUUCACAAAGGGUAUGGCUUCUAUUGUGGAUGUGAACUAUGCUCUGGAAGCGCUCAGAGACAGAAGGAAAGCCAUAGGCGGCGCAGCGACAUCCAGAUGAAGCUGAGGGCUUUUGCUAAGCAGCAAGGCUCAGUACACACUCCAGAUACGGCAUCUCGCAAGCUCGUGCUAACGCGGCUCAUCAUUGACACACAUGAACAGGAGGGCCUGGCCGGCAGAGAACUGGCCUCGCUCUACUUGGAAGCAGCUCGCCUUGCAAUGAGGCUAGACGACCAUGCUUUGGCAUCGACAUUGGGCGCCAGGGGUUUGGAACUGGAGAAAGACGCUGUGGGUAGUGACAGCCCUUUCUAUGAGGCCAGCCAGUUGGCAUUCAGUCAGAUGAGGUUUGGGGAGGAUGAGAUUUUACCGAGUCGGCCAGACGAGUGUGAGCCAGAGCUCUCUUAUGCUCCCUGGACGUAA